AUGGCCUUCAGCCCGAGCCCGGGCACCAACAGCAGUGCGCCCGCCCCCACCCUCAGAUGGUUCGUCAACCAGCAGCUGGUGGCCACCUCCUCGCAGUGGUCGGGCCACCAGCUGCUUGACCAGGUGCCACUGGACCCGCCCACCGUUCUGCGCUACGUCUCGGCCUCCUGCCCCAACUGCACCUACCAGGCGGUGUGCAUCUAUGCCGCGAAGCUGCAGGUGCAGCUUUUCCGCCUGUGGCCCGCCAUACCCCUGCUAGUCCAGCAGGACGUGCGGCUGGUCUGGUGCGCCAACCUGCACAGCGCAGUCUGGAGCUUCUACCUGAGUUGCACGUCCGCCACGCCCAGUUCUACCAACCGGUCCAGCGACAGUCUGGCUAUCGUGCCGAACGCCAGCUUGCCCGCUGACAAGGUGAUCCCGUGCUCCAGCCAGUACCUUUACGAAGUUCGGGUGCGCUACUCGAGGACGGGCAACUACUCCUGCCGCCUGGACACAGUAGGUGAACACGCCCAAUCCCUCACCAUCUUCAGGAUCCAGUCGGGAAUGACCCACCUGCUGAGUGCCCAGACUGCCACCCUCCCCCGUGAACGGACAUUGGUCGUAUCCUGGCACCUGUCAGCUGGGACAGGCGGCAUCUCCUACCAGCUGUCCGCCCGUCCGGUCGCCUCCAGCUCCUGGAACCUGACCUAUCAUCCCAAAGUCAUAGCCGCCCAGCUCUGCCCCUGUACCUGGCCCCACAGCAGCCAGUGUGUGGCGCAGCUCCUCUUCCUGCUGGACCAGCCCGCUGGCUUCAGGAACUCCACUGCCACUAUCACCCUUAAGGACGGGGCUCUGCACUUCGCUCACAGUGACACCCGCAUCAUGCUGGCACCUGACCCCAACAUCCCUGGAACUGUCUUCUACUACAUCAGCGCUGACAAUCGGCUGUACUACUCCAGAAAAAACAGUCUGUCUGGAAAUCACAGCCACUUUGUUUUCAUCAGAGCUUCUGAAAUCAGCCACCUCUUACUGAUAGAUUACAACACCUCCGGGAAAUACAGAUUCACCAUUCAACUCUACCUGAACCCAAGUGGGGCCAUUUACAGAUCCUUGAAGAAUCUGAACGUCAGGCUCUCACUGUUUAAUAGUGGUCCCACAACUUUGGGUGAUCAGGCCAACGUGGUCUGGUUUAUUCCCCUCCAGCAUCCUGCCCUGCAGUGUGCCUGGAGAUUUAUACUGACUGUUGGUGCCAACGUCAGUUCAUAUGGCUAUGACCAGAUGGUUAAAGAUGCGCAGUGCUACAUCCCAGAUGUCAAGCUUUCCUUUGACCCAAAGCAGUACCAGGGCUACUUAGUCAAGAUGACUUGCUCAGCACCUGGGGAUAAGCACAUCAGUAUCGAGGCGAGAGUUGGUAGUUACACCGCCCCCACGGACUCUGUUCUGUUCUGCUCCCUGACACCCUGCAAGCUACCUUUGCCCACCAUACAGACUCCACCUCCUCCCAAGACCAUUAUCCAGACCACCAGGGGCACUGCCCUGAUUCUUUAUGGAAAUGCUGGCUUACGCUGUGAUAGUACUGAAUCAGUGACCAUCUCCUGGGAGGUCUAUUCUUUGACAGGCAAGGAUUCCGAGCCAGACUGGGCUCAUAGCAUACUGCUCCCACCCAGCGUGGGCACCGACACUGCCACCCUGCACAUCCCCAGGUUCACUUUGGAUUAUGGAUUCUAUCGCUUCAUCCUCAACGUGACACUUUUCUCCUCAGAUCCUAACCUACCACGCAUCAACAAUUCAGCCCAAGUUACUGUUGAAGUCACUAAAAGUACACUUGUUGCACUGAUUGCUGGGGGUUCUUACAGAACAGUGGGUUUGGAGGACACCAUCACACUGAAUGCCUCCCUGAGUACUGACCCUGACUCACCCCAACCGCACCUGGGACUGAACUUUUCUUGGUACUGUACAACAAAAUUUUCUGACUAUGACACUAUGACUCUCUCCCAUAACAACUACUGUCGUGUCAGUAAACCUGAACUGAAGUGGAACUCUGCUGUAUCCCAAACCUUAGUCAUUCCUCCCCACACACUGGUUCUGAAUAAGAGCUUCUACUUCCGAAUGGUAGUUCAAAAAGACACGAGGACCAGUUACUUUGAUCAAACCAUUACAGUGCUCUCCCACAUUGUGCCAAAGACGUUGAUAAUUUGCAUUGAGAAUUGCCAGAGGUUCCUGUUACCAAACGAGCGGUUCAUCCUGGCUGGAGUUUGCUCAAAUUGCCCAGAUUCCAGUCAGAUGACAUUCCAGUGGAAACUGCGUAUAAGGUCCUCGGGUUCUGAAGUGAUGUUCGACUGGGCAUCAAAUAGUCUCACAGGAAACUCCAUGUCUUACGUGUCAUUGAAUCCCUUGUCGUUUAUACACUUGAUUGAUGAGUGGUAUACUUUUGAACUGAAUGCUACCACUUCCACUGGUUCCCAAAGUCUCAAUAGGUAUGACUUUUCUGUCAACUCUCCUCCAAAGGAUGGACGCUGUGUUAUCACCCCAAAGUAUGGGUGGGCCCGUCAUACUAAAUUUACUUUGUCAUGCAUGAAAUUCAUGGACAAAGAUAAACCCUUCCGUUACAAAGUUAUUGCAAAAACAUAUUAUCCAACUGGCUAUAUAGAUAGUCUAAAGAACAGCCUUCUUGGUUCAACUGUAUACUUUGGAUACAGACCCAAAUCAACAUCCUUUUACCUUCCAGUGGGGAGCAUCGUGGGCCGGCACAUCUUGAUUAUUGCUGUCCAGGUAUUUGAUAGCAAGGGUGUAUACAUGACACUGUACCUUAAGGUCAGAGUGUAUGAUAUCCCAAUUGAUCCAACUAAGGUUUCAAAAGUGGACAAGCUGUAUAGUUUUGUGGAAGGAAAGCAGGCAGCUUUGACAACUUUGCUUCAUGAAACAGAUUACCUGAAAGCAAACCAACUGCUCUAUGAGGUUGCUUCCAUGCUAAACUAUGGCAUUUUCAAGGAUAAGGAUAAGGUCAAGGUCAUUAAACUUCGUGAAACUCUUGUCAAUGUCUCUGCUAGCAUUCCAGUCACAUCCCCCGAUCUUAUCUAUCAAAUAUCUGCCUCGAUAUAUGCAGCAGCUCAGAAGGAGGAGCAGCUCAGUCAACAUGCCCAACAAGUUGCUGCUGCAAAGCUAUUAGAACUUUCGUUGAUUGUUUUGAAUUACACGAAAGAAGCAGUGAUACUUUCUGAAAGUGCUGAGCUGUUGUCCUGCAGUAUCCUGACCGCGGCUUCCGAUGUGAUGGCUGCCUUUUCCUUCCACUUUCCACCUCAGGUCUCUGUGGCUGGCAUGACUCUGAACAAGGAACAGCAGCAAGUCAUAGCUGAUACGUUCCCUACCCUAAGGACUUUGACAGAAGCAGUGUCUCACAGCAAAGUUCCAGGUCAAAAAGAUACAAUUAUGACAACUAGUCAAUGGGAAAUAACUGUGAAGAAAGUUGAGAAACGCAACCUUGAGGAUUCUUACCUUUUUGACUUGAAUUGUGCCAACUGCUUUUACCCAGUGUUAACAAGAAGUGUCAGAAGUGUCAGAAGUGUCAUGGGAGCUACACAGCCAGUGUCCUCUGUAGUUUAUAAGUUUGAAAAGAAUCCUGUGCCAUGGCUUGGAAAUGCAUCUCACAUUGCUACAGAUGUGACUGCCUUCCACAUGUCUACUCUGGAUAACAAUGGAAUAGUGUAUAUGGAUGAUGCCAAACAGAUAGAGAUGCUUAUGGUCAGAAACGACAUUGUGUCCAACCAAAGAAUUAAAUUGACUAAAGAUCCCGAGCGAACUGGUGUGGUCGUAGGGCAGUUUAGGAUUGUAAUGGGCUCCAUCUCAGCUCAAGAAGUCUUCUUCCAGUUAACUGCGGACUUGAAUUCUGUCCUCACGGUCAGCAUUUACUCAGGGAAGGUAUCUGCUGAUCAACUCCCAGCUCGGAGAUACAUUAUUCCACACUGUGAUUCAGGACCAACCCUAAAGAAGGGUAGCCAUAUACCAGAUCCUUACAUUAUUAGCAUCCCAACCAGCUUGUUCCAGAAAAAUGCGACUGACCCAAAACAUGGCAGAUACAUCAGCAUUGCUAUUGAGGCAAGAUCCCCAAAGCCUCAUGCAGUCAUUAAUAUGGGGCUUGAAAUCUCAGUCUUCACUGUGAACUGUCUGUCUUUCCAAGGAAAGUCUGACAAUUGGGAUUCCUUCUCAUGCACAGCAGGACCUCUCACUAACAGCAAGAAAGUGCAUUGUAUCUGCACCCAUCUCUACAGUAACAAAACCAAGAGGGACCUGAGCCUGAACUUUCCAUGGUUCCUGGCUGCCAGUAUCUUGGUCUUACCCAAUGUUAUCGAUCUGUAUGAAACUGGAGAGUUAAUUGUUACAUUGCCAGCAAACCCAGUGACACUAAUUGCAGUCUUAAUCAUCUUCCUCAUCUACUUCAUUCUGCUUUGCUGGGCAUGGAGAAAACGCAAGAGAGACAAGAAAGAAAUUAUCAUUCUUCCUGACAAUGACCCUUGUGAUGCUGCUUGUUACUUAGUGACUCUUUAUACAGGGGGACGACCUGAUGCUGGAACAACUGCAGAUGUUUUCCUGACUCUGGUUGGCAUGUCUUCUGAGAGUGAUGCUUACCUUCUCCAUCAUCCAGAGCAUCAGACUUUCAGAAGAAGUAGCGUGGACACUUUCUUGAUCACUGCCAGGAUCGAUCUAGGGGAGCUUACCUUUAUCAGAGUCUGGCACAAUAAUGUCGGACCUUCACCCUCCUGGUACCUCAGCCGGGUGAAAGUGCAAAAUGUGCUAACGAGGCAGCAAUGGUAUUUCCUCUGCAGGAAGUGGCUAGCUACCAUGAGAAGUAAAAGUGCAUUGCUUGGGACUUUUCCCGUCACCAGUGCUGACACCCUGCUGAGAAGACAGGAUGUCUUUUUCAUUGAAGUGUCCAGCAGGAUGGACAAAGAACACUUGUGGUUCUCUGUCUUUGCCCUCCACGUUAACCAGUCCUUCACUAGAAUUCAGCGGCUGUCCUGCUUUUUGGCUAUGCUGUUAUGCGGUCUACUAAUCAGCAUAAUGCUCUUCCAAUUGAAUAAACAGGAAGCGUUUUGGGACAAUGUAGGUACUACUUUCAAGAUUGCUGUUGAAAGUGCAUUGGUGAUGGUACCUGUGGAACUCCUAAUAUCUGGCUUAUUUUUAUAUGCGCAAAGGAAAAGAGAAUCCUUAUUGGUAAAAGGAAACCAAGAAGCUGACAAUAACUCAGUUGGGAAUCUUAAAUUGAAAUCAAAGUUGAGAGAAAGGUUGAAUCAUUGGUACUCAAUGGAUAAACCAGUUAGUGAAGUUGAAGAAAGUCCAAAGGAAGCGGUGGAUAUGCCAAAAGAUGAUCACUAUAGUUAUUUGUCCUACAUUGCGGGUGAGGACCACACCCAGAAAACCCAGAAAUCCUCAGCCAAAGACAACAAAAACUGCAUCAUUCCAGAAUCUAUGGCAGAACAAAUUACGAGGGAAGAGGAAGCGGAGGGAUCAGCUGGAAGAAAGAACAAGGCUGUAAAAAUGGACAAGCCAUUGGCCCAACCACAUCCAAUUAGACCUGCAAGACAGAAGAGGAUGAAAGAUAGAUUUCACCAAUCCUCCAAAAGCAUACACCCACGAAAAAAACCGAAUGUUUUACUUUCUCAAUGUCUUUUGUGUCUGGCUUGGUGCAUUAUUUGGCUGGUGUCAAUUGUAUCUGCAGUGCUUAUAGUAUUGUAUGGACUGAAAUAUGGUUUACAAACCUCUUGGAUAUGGCUGGUAUCUUCUGUUGCUUCCUUUCUCCAGAGUAUUUUCUUAUUGCAGCCCCUGAAGAUUAUGGCCUUUGCUGCUCUUUUUGCCUUGAGCCGCAGACGUACCCGAGAUAUGGACUGGUCCACAGGGAUUGAGAAGCUGGAGAUUAGUACAGAUAACCUGCCCAGGAAUGACAUUGACUGUCUCCGGUUAGAAACCCCGGUCAGAAAGCAAUAUAGACCACUGGAGGGUGAUGAGCUAAUACUGGCCAAGAAGAAAGGGAUUAUCAGAAAUCGUGCAUUGGUGUUUUGCACACAGAUGUUGUUGCACCUAGUUUUCCUCGGAUUCCUACUCUAUUCAGCGCUCAUCACGGACUACAGCAAUGGUUACUACUAUAGCCGCAUCAUUCGGCAAGAAUUUUCCAAGAAUCUGGAGAGGGUUAACACUGUCCGAGAGUUCUACACCUGGAUGAUGAUCACUUUUUUGCCCUUGAUUCAUGGUGACUCAAAUUUGUCUUUUCUGAAUGGGACCAAUUCUGUGAUUCUAGGAUUGCCACGGAUGCGGCAGAUCAGAUCCAGACAAAGGUCAGUAGAGUGUUUUUCAAAGCCCAAUGCUGUAUCCAUUAUCCUGGACAAAUUCCAAUGUCGACCCUUGUUUAAUACCAAUCAAGAAGACACCAAGAACUACAAUGGCUCCUGGGAUGUGUCCAUUGAAAAUGUCUCUGUAACGGGCUCCUUGGACUACACUGGGUGGUUGUAUGAAGUCAAUAAUUCCCCUUGGUUCUAUAAUACACGUGGUGUAUAUCAUGAUUAUUCACUGGGGGGCUACUCCAUCUACUUCUCUUCAAAUAACCUACAGACAUCAAUAGCAAGAUUAUUGACCCUUCAGAAUAGCAACUGGAUUGACAAGAGCACAUGGGUGGUAGUCGUUGAAACCACUAUGUACAAUGCAAAUGUUGACUUAUUGUGCAGCAUUUCACUAAUUCUAGAGAAAGUCCCUCUUGGAGUGAUGAGCAAGAAGUUGUCAGUGAAAUCCUUUUCCCUUAGACUCUUUAAGAGAGGAGAAGUGAACUGGAUCCUCAUCAGUAUCCUCUUCAUGCUCUUCUUCAUUGUAUUUGCCAUACAAGAAGGUAAGGCAAUGAGACAGAAAGGAUACACAUACUUGCAGAAAUCAGAAAACAUUACCAGCUUGAUCAUAGUAGUGCUGCUGCUGAUGACAAUAAUUCUUAAUCUAGCUAAGUUAUUAUUAGUGCACAGAAUGCUGAAGUUCUAUAAGAAGAAUCCAGCCUCCUUCAUUGCCUUUCAUGUCCUUUCCGCCCUGGAUCAGCUACUCAGAAUCAAUGUUGCUUUCUUACUCUUUGUCACCAUUGUGAAGUUGCUUAAGUACACGCAGUUUCUCUACCACGUGCGUCUAGCUCAGAAGGCCAUUAGCGUAGGUUUUCCAGCAAUCUACUCCCUGGCUCUGCUAAUGGUCAUGUGCUCACUUUUUUUUAUGUCACUUGGCCACCUGCUCUUUGGUCAGUACAAUAAGAAUUUCAAUACUAUGAUUCAUGCAGCACAAACCAUUGUGUCGUACUACUCAGGACAAUUCAAAGACAUUGAUUUUGUUUACAGCGGGGUUAUUGGUGGAAUCUACCUGAUAAUCUUUGUUUUUAUUAUGAACUGUAUCCUGAUAAAUCUUUUUCAAUCGGUGGUCAUUCUGUCCUAUGGGGAUAUGAAACAAUUUAUUUAUGAAAAGCCGGCUGAGGAGGCAGAGGUGGCAAUGUUUAUUAUACAGGAAUGUAAGCGUGUCUGGAAUGUAUUGUGGAAGAAAACUCCUCCCGAAGAUAGCAAUGAAGUUCUGACAACUUUGUUUUAUGGAAGAGGCUCCAAAAGAACUUACGGGUUAAAAAGGAAGAUAUUUAAUAGGAAGAAGAAGCAAAACUACUUAUUUAUUUGA